CGCGGAGUUAAGGCUUCAAUCUGCUUUCGCUUAGUUCGACAGCCUCGACAAGCCGACAAAGUCUCGAGUAGACGGCUGUUUCCUUUUUUUUUUGUCUAAACGGUUAUAUGCAACGACGUUCAGGCCUUGGGAAGGGUCUGGCACGCAUCUCCCCUCCCAAUCAGCACCGACUGACGGGUAUGGGUUCGGAUCCAACAAAACACACAAGGUGGAAUCAAAGAGCGCUAGGCGUCACCAAUAGAAUAUGGGCCAUCAUCCUUGGGUUCAUUCUACUACUCGCUCUAUCACGAUUUAUCUUGUUUUCAAACCAGUCGCAUCAACCAUUCACCACAGAAGGCCUGGUACCGAAGAAUUACCUUCAUGAGGCGAACUACCUUGUUGGCAAUGCGUCGGAGACAGCGAACCCAUUCGACUUUUGUCCUGUAUUUGGACCUGGGGACGAGAUUGCGAACAAGUAUGGUGUGGUGCCAUUGGCUCAGAGUCGUUUGCAUUUGGGGAGCGGGGGGAGGGUGCACCGCGUGAUUCAUAAAGCGCUCUUGGGUCAACCUGUGACGAUCAGCGUGUUAGGUGGUUCAGUUUCUGCAUGCCAUGCUGCAGGAGAUGAUCCAUUAUCUCCCAGAUGUUAUCCUUCGCGCUUUUUCCAGUGGUGGUCGAGCGUUUUUCCUCACCCAGCUUCGGAGCUGACCAAUGGUGCUAUGAGGCGUACAAACUCGGGAUACUUUGGGUUCUGCAGCUCGCAUCACAUCCCGGAGUAUACCGACCUGGUGAUACUUGAAUUUGAUGUCGAUGACGAAGGCUCCCAACGCUCGAUGGAAAAUUUCGAGUUGUUGGUUCGCUCUAUAUUGGACCGCCCAGACCAGCCUGCAGUCAUCAUUCUAGGGCACUUUAGUUCACAGAUACACACGACAUAUGGUUUUGCAGGACCUGACCAUUGGCACAAUAUCGUCGCACAGUUCUAUGACGUGCCGCAUAUUAGCGUCAAACCCAUACUUUAUCCAUCUUACAUGUCAAAUCCUGACCUCAUAAAGCCUUACUAUGCGGACCCCAUGCUCGCGAAUCCGGCAGGCCAUGAAAUUCUCACUGACGUUCUCGUAUCGUACUUCCAGUCUCAGAUAUGUGCAGCAUGGUCAACGGCCGGCGGUCACUCGUACGAUACCAUCCCAAUGAUGAUGGCACAUGGUUACAACCCAGCUGGCGCAGAUACGCAUCUCUUCGGCGGUGUCGGCGCAAGGAAAGGCGCCUGCAAUGAUGGUGCAGAGCCUGUACCGAUCUACCCCGAACUACGAAUUCCUCCCAUUCGGAUUAAUACGCGUCCCAAAGAGUCGCGACCAUUCGAAGAGGUCGCACCGUAUUGCGCAUCUGCUAAUGACCUCGUAAAUCCCGUACCUCCGUCGCUUUUCUACGGUUCUGGUUGGAUGGCGGCGCAUCCCUCAACAGGCUCGUCACCUUUGCUUACGGCCGGGUAUUAUUGGUAUAGCUCGUUGCCAUUGAGCAAGUUGCGCGUACCUAUCAAAGUAGGCGCUGGAGAUGUUGGGAUUUAUUUCUUGAAGGAGCCCAUGAGCCAGAUUGGACAGGGAAGUGAGAUUGAAUGUUGGGUGGAUGAUAAUUUUGGAGGUGCGGUGGUCAUAGAAAAUGCCGGAGAUGUCAGUGAUGCGGUGCCAACAGGAUCGCACUACGUUGAGUGCGUGUUGAUUGGCGAGGAAGGGCAAAGCGUUCCUUCAUUCAAGAUCAUUGGCGUAUUUGCGACAUAG